ACACAAAUAUAAUGUUUGUUUUAAGUGGAACAGUCAGCAAUUCACCAGAGUUGUCCAUGAAAUGCGAAAGCUUCAAUGUUCCCUCAACAAGCAACACCCCGUGUAUCAAUAAACCAAUAGAAGAAGCAGAUACUAGAAUGCUUCCCCAUAUAGUAGAUGCCUUAAAGAAUAACAUAUGUAGAGUGUCUGUCAUAUCAAAUGACACUGAUGUCUUUGUCAUGGUUUUGCACUAUGCAGAAAAACUAAAGGACUAUGGAGCAUCAGAGAUAUGGAUACGAGCUGGCAUCGGGGACUCAACAAGAUAUCUUCCUAUGCAUACAUUAUAUAUCACUGAGAGUUGAUGAGAAUAUAAGCAAAGCUUUACCUGCAAUUCACUUCCUUACUGGUUCAGAUGUUACAAGUAAAGUUGGUACAAAACCUGCAGCAUUGAAAGUAAAACCAGAAUACAUUCAAGGUUUAGCAACCUUUGGGGAGAACCUAAGUGAUGAAAAUUGCAGUAAAGCUGAAGUGUUUCUUGUACAAGUUUUGAAAUCUGGGUCAAAAUGUAUGACCAUGAAUAAAUUUAGGAACUGGAUGUACCAUCACUCAAAAUCAGCUCAAAUAAGCUCAUUGCCACCCACAUCACACCUACUAACAGACCACAUAAAACGAGCUCACUUAGCCACAUAUCAAGUCCAGCAUGUUCUAGAUGAAGAAGCUGUAACACUUGAUCCCCUACAACAUGGCUACAUGAAGGACCCCACAAAUGAUUCUCUUAUCCCAAAGCAGGACAUAAGGAUUUGGCCUGAAGAUUUGAUAAAGCAAUGUACAUGCAAAACUUGCAGCCAGGCAUCAUGUGGAUGCAAACAGAGUGGGCAACACUGCAUAUCAUUCUGCAAAUGCACAAGUUUACAAACAAAUAAAUGUAAAAAUCCCUUUUUAAAAGAGAGUGAACUUUUGGAGGCAAUGCUUAAUUAAUAUUUUAUGCUGAUAAAAUGAACUGUUUUAAUCAAAUAUCACAAAACAAAUUGAAUGUAACAGUUGUUUUCUAGUCUCUUAUUUUACAAUGAAUUGGAAUUUAGGUAGAAUCAGAUCAGGGAGCAGUUUUCAAAAAUAUUUAUGUCAUAUUCGUAAUCACAUCUAUUUUCUAGAAAUUCAAAGCAGUGCAUUCUUUAUUAAAAAAUAGAGGUAUUUCUGUUAAUACGUUCAAGUGUUUUGCUGUGGAUAUAUAUACUUUGAAUCUGAAAUAUGGUUAUAUUAUUUCAUAGAAUAGCAUGUAUCUAUUAGGAGGUACAAUAUUUGAAAUGGUCAGGAAGACUUGGGGAGGCUAAAAGCGCACUUUGCUUUCAAUUUUGUCAUUGUUCUCUAUGUUUCUUACUUUGCCUUCAAAAAUCAUACAUGAUUUACAAACAAAUGAAACUUAUAGAAAAAUAUAUUUUCUAUAGAUGGCGCCUUUUAUGCAUGGUUUCAUUCUGUCUAUAAUGUAUUCAUUAAUAACCGUAAUUGUCAACCAUAAGCUUGACUUGUCUAAAUAUAUAUUUUUCUACUUGUUACAUCAUGUUAGGUUUACCUUAGAAAUGAAAAAGCAUAUGUAUUUGGUAAUAUGUAAAAACUGAUAUUUUGUCAAAUUUCUUCCACUUUUACAAAAAAAAAUUUUUCUAAGUUCCCAUGUCCCACAUAUAUUAAUUUGAUACUGCAUCAUAUGUCCCCUUUAUGGUUCUAAUUAUUACACCAAUAAUAACAAUUUUAUCUACCAUAACAGCCUCAGAAUAAUAAACUUUAUAAGGUAGACCCUUGAUUAUAGGUGGCGCUUCUGUAUAUUUGAGGCAAAAUGACCCAUCAAAUGACCUUCCAGGAUCACCUAAAAAUUCAAAUGCAUAGUUUAGGAAGUAGUCUCUAAGGAAACAGCAAAAAAUAAAUAUGAAAUUAGGUUUGGCUGAAAAAAAAAUUAAUUAAGAUUAUCACCCUGCAACUUUAAAAUCACUAGAUGGCGCCACUAUAACCUGCCAUAAAAAUUGAUUUUACCCAAACCUGAAAAAAUAACUUAUGGAUUCCUACACUUCAGGGUAUCUUCUAAAAGAAAAUCAAAAGUUAUUUCAUUCUAAAUCCGAGUAAGCUCAGAGAGGCUAGGGACAGGAUCAUAC